CAGAUACGAUCCUUAUCCCGGCGUUUUCGUUUUGCCCUCAGACUUUUCUUGCCUAAGACUUUCUCUUCGCCCUUUUACGCAUGCGUCAACUGCAACAUGGCGACGAUCCAGACGGACACUGGGAUGGACCCAGACCGUGAUCGGGACACAGCGCCGAUCCUGGGCGGGGACGGGGGCAACAGGCGCCGGGAACAGGUCCGUAACCAGUUCCUGGCCACGUUCGUGUCCACGCUGGGGCCGCUGGCGUUCGGCAUGGUGCUGGGAUACUCGUCUCCGGCACUGCCAGAUCUACAGAAGGAAACUGGUGCUGUACACAUGGACAGCUACCACGGGUCCUGGUUUGGGUCGCUUUCCGCGAUCGGUGCCAUGUUCGGAGGGCCACUAGGAGGAUGGUGUAUUGAGGCACUGGGGAGAAAGACGUCGCUCAUGACAGCAGUACUACCAUUCACAGCUGGCUGGCUGAUACUGGCCUAUGCUCAGAACCUGGCUAUGCUGUACGUGGGUCGUCUGUUGACUGGUAUUGCAGCAGGCAUGACCUCCCUUACUGUUCCUGUGUAUGUGGCAGAGAUCUCAUCUCCCCGUGUGCGAGGGCUCCUUGGUGCAUCCUUCCAGUUGAUGGUGACCAUCGGGAUCCUCCUGGUCUAUGUGUUUGGGAACUUCCUGCACUGGAGAUGGCUGGCUAUAGUCUGCUUAGUUCCAGCGGUGAUCCUGAUCAUUGCCAUGGCCUUCAUGCCAGAGACUCCCCGCUGGCUGCUGGCCAAAGGUCGUCGCCCCGCAGCGGUGACGUCCCUGCUGUGGCUGCGGGGGCCGGACGUGGAUGUGGAGGACGAGUGUGCCGACAUCGAGAGUAAUCUGCAGCAGCAGGAGACCAUGUCAUGGAGAGAGUUCACCCAGCCCAGCCUGCUGAAGCCCUUUGCUAUCGGGAUGGCCCUGAUGUUCUUCCAGCAGUUCAGUGGCAUCAACGCCGUCAUCUUCUACUCCGUGUCCAUCCUGGAGGAUGCUGGGGUGGAGGGGCACACGGGAGCCAUCAUAGUGGGUGCUGUGCAGGUGGUUGCCACAUUUGUGGCCUGCCUCCUGAUGGACAAGAUGGGGCGCCGCAUCCUCCUAAUCGUGGCGGGUGUCGGCAUGGCGAUCACGUCCGUCACCUUUGGUCUGUACUUCCAACUGGAGCAGAACAACAACCACAACGCCACCCUCACCGCCCCCACGGCUACCCCUGCCCCCGGCCCCGAUCUCAGCUGGCUGUCCCUCACCAGUAUGAUCGUCUACAUCAUCGCCUUCUCCCUGGGGUGGGGGCCCAUCCCCUGGCUCAUGAUGAGCGAGAUCUUUCCGGCCCGCGCGCGAGGCACGGCCAGCGGCAUCGCCACGCUCUUCAACUGGUUCGGCGCCUUCAUCGUCACCAAGGAGUUUAACGACAUGGUGGCGGCGUUCACGGAGCAGGGCGCGUUCUGGUUCUUUGCGGGGAUCUGUGUCUUGGGCGUGCUGUUCGUGUGUUUCCUCGUGCCUGAGACUAAGAAUGUGUCCCUGGAGGAGAUCGAGGCGUACUUUGAGGGGAGAGGGAGGGCCGGCUCAGCGCUGCAGAGAUCACCCUUUUCUGCCCCACCAGGAGAGGACACCUAGGAACGUGGGGACUACAGCUUGCCUCGAUUGGUGCAGUCAGGGUUGUAGCCAGUCCAAAAUCAUUUUCCAUCCCCUCGUUUUUGAAUGGCUUUGGCGCAGCAUUCCUAAGGGGUCCUGGGGCAUGCAGCGAGUCCCAAGGAAAAUUUUGAAAUCUGGACCCUCUAAAACGCUAUUUCCUGCAUUUUGAGGGUUAGAUUUUGCUCACAGAGGACGGAAUGGGCAAACUUUUUUUCCGUCCCCAGCUGCAGAAUUCAGUCAAAGGACAGAAGGACAAGUGCUGGCUACAACCCUGGGUGUAGUACAUAGCUGCAACAAUCUGGAGUAUGCAAAAUAGAUAUUAAUCAUGCUUUUCAGUGUACCUACGACACAUAAAAUUAAGGCCAAUAGUCAACCAAAAACAUACAAUGUGAAAAGGUGAGAUGACAAGAAUGUUCUGUAUAUUAUAUGUCUGAUACUAUUGUUUAAAACAUUAGUCGUAAUUGGGUGUGAGUUUUUGAUUCUUUUGACAAACUGUAUGAAAAGAGUAAAAUAUGGAUGUAUUACUUGGCAAAGUUUAAAAAAUUUUGCCACAUAAAAAUCAGUUUAAAAAACUGUUAUCUUUUGGCAGAAAAUUUUCUCUUAUUGUUUAAUUUUCAUUCUAUUUUCAAGGUAUUCAAGUUGAUUUCCUAUUGUUUCCAAAAUUGAUGGUACUGUAAAUACCUUUAGUAUGUUACAUGUGCAAUACAUUUGUAUAUCAACUUGCCAGCUAUAAGCAUCACAUUUUUCUGUUGACUAUGUACCCAAGACAGUUCAAUGGUAGUGCUUUAAGCCUUUAUCAUUCCCUUCAUCCCACUUUGGGUAAAUCAUGGUUUGUGAGAUCUAAUGUAAGAAUGAAAAAUACUAGAGAUUUAAACAGGGUUCUUAGUUUCAAAAGUUUGUGGGAUUUGAUAAAUGAAAUUACAUAAUUUAAGCUCCCAUUUUUCAUGAGAAAUUAUUGUUUAAAUGUGGCAUGGUCCUCGAUGUGCUUUAAUUUUGGACCAAAUGUAUACCCAAACCAUGUUAACUAUGGCAUGUGUGCCAGGCCUAUCCUUGUGUAGAUGGUUCACAUGAUGGGCUGUCUGGAAAUGAACCCUGAAUGCAGAUAUCAACGCUUUAUUUUGAUAACUUGCCCUUUGACUGUAAAUAUUAGAUUUGAAGUAGUUUUCAAAUAGGUCAGAAUGGAUCAUUAUCAAGGGAUAGUCAUAGGUGGUCAUUGUACAUUUGCAUUAGGUUAUGGGAGCACAUUGACAGUAAGUUGUCCUUUGACUAGUGCAAGUUUUGUAGUCUUGAGAAAUCAAGAGUAUAUUUCUGCUGCUGUGAUCAUGUGAAAAUAAGAUAAAAAUUGUAUUUUGUCAAACAUUUGAAAAAAAUAUCACUGCCUGACUGAACUUUCUUCAUGCUUUUAGUUUAGGCAAUAAAGGCAAAGCAGCCAA